AAAUUGCCAAUAUCAAACAUGUGGAGUAUGGCGCCCUCUGGCGUUCGGUUGUGGGAGCGCUGUGAGGUGUCAUGCUAGACUUGAAAUUCUCCAAACUUUUUGUUUAACUUUCAAAACAAAAUCGUGUUCUCAUUACACAAACCUAUAUACAAAUAGUUGUAAUUAUCCGUUGUGUAAAUCGGUUUUAAAAAAUGAAUUUCUUAAAACGUGUUUCUUAGUCUAUCUGCUGCUCUGACGAGAACAAAAUUCACAUACUAAAAAUAUUUACUUGUAAAAACGACUUUUUAACGACAGUUUUGCGCUCAAAACGUACGUAGUACGUUACGGGAGCUGUUUCUAGCGCACGAUAUGUAACAAAGUAUCGCGGGCUCGUGCUUCAUAUUAAUCUAGUCGGACUCGCUUGGCUACAUUAAUUUAGUCCCUUGGCAACGCAAUGUGAAAAAAUAGCCACUCUACUGGGCGUCAGUCUUUUAGAGCACACGUGUUUGAAAAGUUUUUGGCUUGUUUUGCGUGCCUCCAUAUCCUUUGAAGCGUCCUUUGAUGGAGUCCACAGAACCGGCCGAAGUUCAAAAAAUUCGGGUGCACUACAAGAAGGCGCUACAGUGCCUGCAAACUGGUCUCCAGUACGAUGAAAUUGGGAAUGAAGGACAAGCUCUCAUAUUCUACAAACAGGGCCGACAACACCUCCUGAGUGGUCUGAAGGUAAACACCAAAGGGAACCAGCACUUCAGUACCAGCUGGGACUUCGCGCGACAGACGCAGGUCAAGAUGCAUAAGACCUUGACCACCAUCACUUCUCGUAUAGAGACACUGGACUCCAGACCUACAGAGGGUCAGCAGCUUUAUCCCACCCUUCCAGCCUUACAGGACCCCCAGCCCCUCAGACUACAUCGCCAAAACAACCAGGUCUCGGGUUCAGGAGGGUCACCAGCAGUUCCUGCCUCACCUGUGGUGGGUUUUGAAGUUCCCAGUGAGGUUCCACCAGUAUACACCCCACAACCAACAAAUGGGCAUUUGUCCAUUUCUAAUGGAGGGCCAUUUGAAAGUGCUCUAAACCAGAUGCCUCAACGUCAGGCGUGUGCACCGGACAAUCUCAGAGAGGCUGGGAUGGAGAUCAUGUUCUUGCCCGAUGGGGUACAGAUGUUCUUUGUGUCCGCUGAGGGCCAGGUCAGCGUCCCCUCUUAUCCGGGGUACCUGAAAAUAAUCAAAUAUAACAACCAGAACAGUUCCAGAUAUGCACCAGCCUACCUACAGGUAUGUGAUUGGAUCUAUCCGCUGUACCCAGACUCACCCGUUUUUCUCAGCAACAAAGGUGUGUUUACGUUCCCUGACGUCACCGCAGCAGUACCAGGGUCCUAUGUGGGGUUGGUACUGUCCCCAGAACUGUCUGCAUCUCAGAGGGCUUUAUUCAAACAGCAACUGUCAUUGCUGGCACAGCUCCGAGUCCAGGUUGAUGAUGGACCAGCUGGAGCUACAGGGACAGACAAAAGUGAAAAGGUUCCUAUUGGUCCUCCUUCAGAAACAUCACCUGGAGAAGUGGAUAAAGUUCUUCCUGGUUGGAGUGAAAAAGUUUCACAGUCCAUUUUAGCAGGGACUUCCUGGCUGAGUCAGGGGCUUGAACGAGGAGCUGAAGUGACGGGUAAAGCCAUCCAGAGAGGGGCGAGUAGACUACGAGAAAACAUAACUCCAAAUGAGACCCCAGCAGAGGUCAGUCCCACAGUUACCAAGAGCCUAAAUGCAGCAAAACAGGCAACCGGAGGUGCUGUGAAAGUCAGCCAGUUUCUAGUGGAUGGCGUCUCUGCUGUGGCUGGUAAAGUGAGCAAGGAACUCGCUCCACACAUCAAAAAACACGGCGGCAAACUUAUACCAGAAUCCCUCAAGAAAGAUGAUGAUGGCACAGUGGAUGGAGUCAAACAUGUGGCUGGAAGCAGUUUUCAAGGUUUAUCAAAUCUAUGGUCCAGUAUGGAAACGGCAGCGAAAACUAUCGGCAAAAGUUUAACUUCUGAAACAGUGACUACUGUGAGGCACAAGUAUGGAGAUGAGGCAGGUCAGGCUGCAGACACUGCAGUCCAGUCUGCUGUCAAUGUAGGUGUCACAGCUUUUAAUGUGGAUAACCUGGGCAUCAAGGGUGUACUGAAGACCACGGGCAAGCAGACUGCAAUAGCAAUGGCAGACAAUAAAUCAGGAGCAGAGAAAACCGAAAAGGCAGAAGAGGCACUUACAAAAAAACGGGAUGAGAAAAAAUAACUA